AUGUCGCCGCUUACACAAGCAUACGUCGGCGUCACCCCGGGCGACCUGCCGCUAAAGAACGCCUUCGCCUUUGCCUUCAGCCAGCCUUUCCAGACGCCCAGCGAUUUUAUCCCACCCGAGCAGGUCAUUAAGCGGGUUGAGCCGACACGUCCAAUCUUUGUCGACAAUAAGACGGAGCGCGCCCUCACUCUCGGUCAGAUCUCGCGCGACUCACUGGCCAUUGCAUCCGGCCUACUGGCCCUAGGCCUGAACCCCUCUGAUGUUCUCAAGCUCCCACCGACACCAUCGUGCCCAGAGGGCCCCGAAAUCGCUCCCGUUAUACUGAUCCAGCUGCCCAACUGCUUGCCCUUUGCGCCGAUUUUCUUCGGUGUUCUCGCUUCCGGCUUGACUGCAACCCUCGCCUCACCCGCCCUGACAGCAGACGAGAUCGCAUGGAUCCUGCAGAACUCGAGGCCAAAGGCCAUUAUCACUGCUACAACCUGCCUACCGGCCAUGAAGGCGGCGCUCGAGAAGCAGGCUGAUCAGACGUACUUUUCAUCCGUGCCGAUCUACACCGUCGACGUCCUCAACGACACCUACCCCUCGCAGAGCACACCAUCCAGCAAGAACGACUGGAAGACCAUUCUCGUUCCCUCCCCGAACAAGCCCAAGGUUAAUACGACGACCUCCUUCGACCCAUCGAAAGCCCGUUGUCGCACGGCCGUGAUCCUCUGGUCCUCUGGCACGUCUGGCCGAUCCAAGGGCGUUCUCAUCUCCCACCACGCACUCAACUUCUCCGUUGCAUCGCUGUGGCAUGAUGCAGAUUAUUUCAACAAAACCCCCGGGCGAACCCAGCGCUGGCUGGGUUAUGUGCCUUUCUACCAUGUAUUCGGCCUUUGCAAUGUCUUUUUGCUUUCGGUGGUUACUGGAUCGACGGUGUACGUCAUGCAAGCGUUCCACUUGGAAACAGUUCUCAAAGCUAUUCGCGACCGCAAGGUCACCUACUUACACAUGGCGCCCCCCGUGGCGGUCAUGCUGGCCAAGGCGGCCGUUGUCGAGCCGUACGUCCAGCAGAAGGCGUUUAGCAGUGUUGUUGCUGGUGUGACAGGCGGUGCACCCCUUGGACAUGAGGUAGUUGUGGAGGUGUACAAGCGUUGUGGCUUCCGCGUGAGGUUGGGCUACGGCCUCAGUGAAACUUGCAGUACCUCUCUGCAAAAGGGUCUCACAGAGAAGGACAUGCACGAGGGCGCUGGGGACACAGGUUCACCGCACUACGGAGUGGAGGUCAUGAUCGCUGACCCGAACGCUGGUGAUGACGCUUAUGCCAAGAAGCAGGGCGAAAAAUCCAAGGUUGCCGGAGUAGACGUCGAAGGCGAGGUCCUCGUUCGCGCGCCAUGCCUCCUCCUAGCCUAUCUUCCUGUGGGCGCCUUCGAGAGGGCCAAGGCUCCCGAUAUGUCUGUCACUAACGAUGCGCUCACCGCCGACGGAUGGUUCCGCACAGGAGACGUUGGCGCCCUUGACGCACGUGGCCGGCUGCGCAUCACCGAUCGUUUGAAGGAACUGAUUAAGGUGCGCGCGUUCCAGGUCGCGCCCGCCGAGCUGGAGGCCGUGCUGUGCAGUAGCGAGGAAGUUGCUGAUGCAGGUGUGAUUGGCAUUUAUGACUCAAGCGAGGCGACGGAGUGGCCGCGGGCAUUUGUUGUGCCGCGGAAGGGGAAGAUUGCAGAGCUGAAGAGGGAGGAACUGGAGGCUUUGGCGCAGAGGUUGAAGGUGCUUGUGGAGAAGCGGACGACGAGGUAUAAGUGGUUGAUGGGAGGUAUUGUUUUUGUCGAUCAGAUUCCCAAGAGUCCGAGUGGGAAGAUCUUGAGGAGGGUGUUGAAGGCGGGUGGGAAGGAGACCAAGGGUGUGGAGGUGAAGUUGUAUGAGAAGAAGAAGAGGGAUGUGAAGUUGUAA